AUGGCUCCUCACGCACCGCUGCGCUCCUGGCUACGUGUUUUGUGCCUCGUUUACGCGGUGCGCUCCUGCUGUGGAUUUAACGUGGACGUGCGCUUCCCGGUUAUAAAGGAGGGCAGAACCAGGGGGAGCUUUUUCGGCUUCUCCGUGGCACAGCACCUACAGACGGAGAAGAGCAGAAAGUACCUGCUCCUGGUGGGGGCGCCCAAGGACAAAGCCUUAUCAAGUCUGAGGGUGAACGAGACCGGCACCAUCUACUCAUGCCCCAUCACCACCGACCCAGCGGACUGCACCCGAGUGGACCUCAUCACUAACACCGAUUCGUCCGAGAUGAUCGAGGGCAUGUGGCUCGGAGUGACCGUGGCCAGUCAAAGACAGGGGCCCGGCGGGCGAGUCCUGGCGUGCGGGCACCGGUACGUCAAAGUAGUUGCGGGUGGCACCGAGGACCAGCAGAGGAUGGUGGGAAAAUGCUUCGUCCGGGGCAACGACCUGACCUUGGACGAGACGGAUGAGUGGCAGGGUCACGAGUAUGAGGUGUGCAACCCCAACUUCCCCAUGGAGAUGGAGGGCAUGUGCAACAUGGGCAUGUCGGCCGGCAUGACGGACAGCGACGUCUACAUCGGCUGCACGGGGAGCUACGAGUGGCAGGGCAACGUACACGUGACGUGGAGAGACACCACGCCCGGGAACUUCUGGGACUACACCGAAAAGGCUUUUCCCUCCGAGUUAAAGCGCAACAGCUACCUGGGAUACUCGGUGACAGAAGAGAGGAAGCUGUUGAGCAGGGCGGAGUACACGGUGGUUGCCGGGGCGCCCCGAAACGAGUCCAAGGGCUCGGUGAUCCUCGCAACCAAAGGGACGUCGCAGCUGGAGCCUGUGAUCGUGAUCCUGGGGGAGCAGGUGGGGUCGUACUUCGGGAGCAGCAUCGCCGUGACGGACCUGAACAACGACGACUGGAACGACCUGAUCGUGGGGGCGCCGUUCUACUUCGACCGGAACAAGGAGCAGGGCGGGGCCGUCUACGUCUUCAUGAACGAGAACGGUUCCUUCCAGCCGAGAGCCAGCGUGAUCCUGAAGGGCGUGAAGGGUUCGGCGUUCGGACUCGCCGUGGCGGCCGUGGGGGACGUGAAUCAGGACGGAUUUCAAGAUUUUGCAGUUGGGGCUCCGUUUCAGGGUUCUGGGAGAGUUUGUAUUUGGAUGGGAAGCGAGAAAGGAGUAACAACGCAACCCAGUCAGGUUAUUGAAGGGAAGUCGGUGGGUUCUGGUGGGUUCCAGACGUUCGGUUACUCUCUCAGUGGAGGGCUGGACAUGGACGGGAACAAAUAUCCUGAUAUCCUGGUCGGUUCUCUCGAUGACCGAGUGGCUCUGCUGAGGUCGCGUCCGGUCAUCCAUUUAUCCAGAAACUUCACCGUGGAGCCGAAGAUCGUGGAUCCGACCCAGUGCAAGGGCGCGUGCUUAACAGCGAAGUUCUGCCUCUCGUACACGCUGAGCAACGGGAAGCGCGACUACAAGCAGAACAUCAAUAUUAAAUACACAGUGGAGGCUGAUCGCGGCCGGAGCAGCGAUCGAGUCGUCUUCCUGGACAACAAAAGCACAAACACAGGCGUCCUGACCCUCGCCGCCCCAACCUGCAAGGAGCUCAAGCUUCGGGUCAAUGAGAAGGUGAAUAAACUGGAGCCGGUGGCGUUUCUGCUGAACGUUUCUCUAGACGAGCCUGUAGUGGAAGCUCAGAAGGUUCUGCAGGACCUGGACGUGUUCCCCGUGCUCAGCGGCCAGCAGCAGCUCACCGAGAGAGCCGAGAUAAACUUCCAGAAGGACUGCGGCUCGGAUAACAAGUGCAGCAGUAACCUGCAGAUCACAGCGGCGGAGUUUGUGGAUAAGCAGCAAAAAACAUUGUCCAGCAUCUCCUGGCCGUUGAAGAGCAACGAGAAACUGGUUCUGAUGGUGACGGUGACCAACAAGCCCGAAGGAACCAGGGAGGCCGAAGACGCCCAUCAGGCCACGCUGAACAUCACCAUUCCUCCCACACUCGCCUACUCAGGCCUGCGCCUCACGGACAUCGGGUGCAGCGUCAACAAAACGUCUGUGAUCGUCUGUGAUCUUGGGAACCCGUUUAAGAGCAACAAGGAGAUUUCAUUUCAGAUCUUAUUCGAGCCGUCGAUUACACUCCAGACGGAGAGGAUCGAGCUGCAGCUCCAGCUCUCCACAUUGAGUGAACAGAGCGACCUGCCCGCUGUGCCCGUCCUUCUAAACGUGGAGAACCAGAUCCUGACCUCCUUCACCGUUGAGGUACCAACCAUAAACACGUACUUCAGUGGAAAGGUGGUCGGUGAGUCAGCCAUGAAGAGCACGGAGGACGUAGGAAGUCCAGUCGAGUUUGUCUUCAAGGUUAGCAUGGACAAGACACCUCAGGGAACGUUCGGAACGCUGGUGGUGGACUUUAACUGGCCGUACGCGGUGAAUAACGGUAAAUGGCUGCUGUACCUGACUGAGAUUGUAACUACUGGAACAGAGGAGUCGCACUGUGUUCCUCCUGGAGAAAUUGUUAAUCCGCUCAACCUCACGCUGUCCCCCACGGAUUCCAAAAGGUCAAAGCGAGAAGCAAAGGUCGACCUGCCACAGACUGAAGCUGUAAUCUCAUCGUCCAGCCCUCGCAAAAAGAUGGAUCCGCUGGAUUGUUCGAUGCACUCGGCUCGCUGCGUGAGCUUCUCGUGCGUCCUGAGGAACAUGUCCAGCACAGCCACGCUCACCGUCCGAGCCCGUGUGUGGAACAGCACCCUGCUGGAGGAUUAUUUAAACACGGACCGAGUGACGGUGAAAGGAAACGCCACGCUCAGGCUGGAGGCCGACAGAGCCAACAUCAAGAUGGCCAACGAAACCCGAGAGUUUCUGGUGAACAUCGAUCCGGUUCUCGGAGAGGAAACGCCGUAUAACGUUCCUCUCUGGGUCUACAUCGUCGCAGGCAUCACAGGAAUCCUCUUAUUAGGGAUCAUCAGUCUCAUCCUGUGGAAGUGCGGGUUCUUCAAACGAGCAGUCUACUACAAGGUGAUGCCAAAGUACCACGGAGUGAAAAUACGCAAAGAAGAAAGGUACAAGCUGAGCAGGGCUUUCCAGCCUGAGCACGAGCUCAGUAAAAAACUCUGGGUCACCAACUGGACAGAAACGCAAGAAUAUUACUACUGAACUGGGAGAGCGUCCACGAACCUGCUGGUACGACUGGAGUGCAGUGACUGGAGGAUUUCCUUCAUCGACUCCUGCCUUAAUAAAACAGACUCUGGGCAUUGGCACUAUGAGCCGUCAUUAACACACAAGAGAAAUGUUUCUGUCUCGUGCAGUAUGGCGCUGCAGAUGUUCGAGGCUUCUGGUGUUUCCGUGACUGAACGUGUUCGAUUUGUUUUGUGAACUGAUCUAGAGACUUUUUUUUAACUGCAAAAAACUAAAUAUAGAUAUAUUUUGUAUUUAAAGUGCCUCUGAACUGGCCUUUUAAAUGUUUUAUGUGGGAAAAGAAGUUUUAAAUGGUUAGAAAAUGACAAAAAAGCAUUUCAACAUCUUCAAAAAGUACAAGACUUUGUAAUAACAAGUAAAUAUGCUAAUUAAAAGUAAGCUUCAUUUUAACAUGCUAUAAUAGCUUAAUGGUCAAGUUAAAAGUGCUUGAUUUAUUAAUUCGUCCACAAUACACGUAAUUCCUUAUAUUAUUGUAGUUUUAAUAUAUAAUAUUUUAUAUAAUUAAACUAAACGUCCAUGAAUUCAUGUUGCAUGGUUCAUCAGCGCUAAUACAGUUUGCGCCCCCUGCUGGACACACCGAUGUAAACAAUAAUAAAAUUGGUAUGAAUUUCUCCGGUUUUUAGCUCACAAAUUAAAUUAUAACAAAAUAAAUAAAACAGUGCGAUUGUUUAGCGUGUUCAGCUGUUAAAAAGACAAUAAAAUGUGACUGUUCCUCUUAAGGUAAUGAGCUCUGUUAGCAUGCCAGCUAGCUAGCUAAAAGAAAAGCACAAAGCAGAAUCCUAAGUUACAGUUUAGGUUCUCAAACGUUUCGUUUUAUAUUCACGUAGCAUUUUAGAACACGCAGAACAGACCAAAUUAGGUGUAUAAUAUGAUAAAUGUUGUUUACACAAAACCAAACAGGCUAAUAAAUGUUGAACUGUAUGUAAACACUCAACAUAUAGCAAACUCACUAGUUGCUAGUCACGUAUUAGCCCAGCAAGUAUUGACAUUGUGUAUAAAUUGGUGGAAAUUUAACUCUUGAUUUAUUUGUAUAUUCCCAGUGAUUUAUAUAUUUUUAUUUUUAAUAUGGGUGACAAUAGCACACAGUUUCAGGUUCACUGGAUAGCAAACCAACCGACCAAUUCAUUCAAGUCUUAAUUUGCAUCAACAUGGUGUUAUUCCAGUAAUGUUAGCUCAUAGCUAGCACUAGCUUUAUUCAUGGUUCAAAAGCCUGAAGGUUUUGGGGAUCUUGGUGUGUUUUAUGUGUAUUAACUUAAAUAUCUAAUGUUAGUGGUACAUUAAUGUGAAAGUCACACAGUGAGAUCUCCCUCUGUCCAUUUCUGUCUCUGUAUUAAGUUGAUAAGUUGUUUAAGUGGAGAAAUGUGAGCACUACGCUGUCAGGAGCAAAGUUCAGGGGCAUUUUAAUGUGAAAUUAUAUUAUGAUGGUUUGUUUGGAGGUUUAUUUUAUACUAAGUGUCACCAUGUUUGUCUGAAUUGAAAGAUGUUCAUGAUUUAUAACGAUGCUCACUCAGUCUGAUUAGCGGUACUGAACUAUCGGCUGAACUGUCAGCUGUGGGAUUGCAUAGAUCAGUUCAUCAUCAUUAUUUUUGGAUGUCGGUCCUGGAGGUCCAGCGCCAUGCAGGCUUUCAUUUGUUUAUCAGCAUCAAUCACACUUGAUCCAACCCAUGGAGUAGAAACACCACAACAUGGCACUGGGCUUCAAGGACUGACGUUUAGAAACUGUGGAAUCUAAAAUUCAAGCCAGUCUUAAAACAGCGGUACCGUGCAUCACUGAAUGAACUGUUUAUUUUAUUAUUUUUAAUGUAAAGUGCUCGACUGAUGAAAGUCCACACACUGGAUAUUCCACUGUUUGCAAAUACAAAGUGUUUUAUGUACUUGUA